AUGUUCCGCAGCGUUGCCCCCAGCCCCGCAGACCCCGUGUAUCUCCUCUCGCAGCAGGUACGCGAGGACACGGCGCCUGAGAAAGUUGACCUUGGCUUUGGCGUGUAUAGGAAUGAGAGGGGGCUGUAUCACGAGCUGAGGGCGUUGGGGGCGGCAAAGCGUAUCCUCGCACAGCAAGACGCGAAUCACGACUACGAAGUGACAACCGGCAGCACGGCGUUCCUGACUAACGCUGCGAAAGUGCUAUUCGGAUGGGAGGCGGAUAUCCUGUCUUCGGGGAGAGUGACUUCUGUACAGGCCAUCUCAGGCACGGGUGCCAUCCACCUCGGCGCCCUCUUCCUCGCCCGUACGCCCUCAUUCAAAGGAAAGAAAGUCUACAUCGGGACCCCAGCGCGGGGAAAUUACGUCCCGCUGUUCAACCUCGUUGGCUUCGAAGUGGUGACGUACAGGCACUACGAUGUCUCGACCGGAACAGUAGACUUCGACUCGCUGCUUACAGCGACGAGAACCGCAUAUGCAGGGAGCAUAUUCGUGCUGCAAGGAUGCUGCCACAACCCAUCCGGUGCCGACUUCUCGCUUGCGCAGUGGGAUACGCUCGCCGAUGAGAUGCAGGCGAAGAAGCUGUUCCCGCUAUUCGACAUGGCGUAUCAGGGGCUGGGUGCGUCGCUGGAUGAAGACGCAUAUGGUCUGCGAUUGUUUGCGGGCAGAAACUUGGAACUCCUCGCUUGUCAGUCUUUUUCGAAGAACUUUGGAUUGUAUGGGGAGAGGGUUGGUGUGCUGCAUGCUGUGAGUCAGGAUGCGGAUGUUGCGGCGAGGGUGUAUGAGAGAUUGAGGUGCUUGAUUCGGUGGGAGUUCUCGUCAAGUCCGGCGUAUGGCGCGCGGCUAGUGAACAUUAUACUCAGCGACAAGGAAUUGCGACAGGACUGGCAAGCAGAAUUAGACAAGAUUCAGAAGCGUCUUGCCGACAACAGAAAAGCACUGCACGUGGAGCUGGUUGAGAAGCGUAGUGCCCCGGGCAGCUGGAGCUCGAUCCUCUCGUCAAAUGGCCUGUUCUGCUUCCUUCCGCUGAGCCCCCAGCAAUGCGAACGCCUUGCCGCUGAGUUCCACAUCCACAUGCUACAGAACGGGCGCAUCAACUUGGCCGGGCUGAACCGGAGCAACAUCGAUCACGUAGCUUCGGCGCUCGUGAAAGUGAUGAGCUCAUCGUUAUCGCGCCUGUGA